CACUGUCGUCAUGCGACAUCCAUCAAUGGAAUUUGGGUCAACGGGUCUUUCGCAAGGCUUUCCAAACCCUCUCCGAUGACAACCUGUUCUCACUGUGUUUAACAUGGAUGUACACCAUGGGCAGACGUACUAAGAUGUUGGGUGGAGUGUUUAGCAGGCAGUGUCUCUCAGUGUUGCUGGUCCUGGUGCUGUGGGGGUUUCACGACGCCGGGGCUUGUAAUGAGACUCUUCAGGCAGAGAUGUACGAGAAGUAUCUUGAAUCUGCUGGAUAUCCAACUGGUUAUGGAAGCAAUACGAAUUGUUGGUGGACGAUAGCGACAGCCAGGUCAGGAGAACGCGUCGUUGUAUCUAUCGUGGAUGCUGACAUUGAAGUGGGGUCAUCCAACUGCAAUGCUGACAGUUUGACAAUUUAUGACGGCAGCAGUGGUUCCAGUGCUGUUCUUACAACCUUCUGCGGUACCGGAAAUGAACAGUUUAUAAGCAAUGGAACAUCUUUGUAUGUGGAAUUCAAGACAAACAACCUUAUCAACAAGAAAGGAUUUAGACUCAGAUAUUACAGUGCAAAAAUUGUAACUGAAUGUGGGGGCACACUCACGGCUACGCCGACCGAGGCGUCGCUGCGGUCCCCCUCGUCUACGGGUGCUAUGAACUAUCUUAUGUGUGACUGGGUUAUCUCUGCCGAAAACAGUGAUGUCGCAAUCGUCAUGGAGAUGGACUUGUUUUCCCUUCUUGAAAGCAAGGGUUGCUGGGCAGACAGACUGUCCUUCUAUAACGGACAGACUGCUACCGAAUCGGAGCUGUUAGCUCACGCGUGCGGCUCCAGCUCGACGGUUUUCCAGAGUUCGGGAAACAAGGCGCUUAUGAGUGCACGAGCGCACUUGAGAGCUUUUACAGCUGACAUCUUUAAUAUUCGUUACAGAACUGUUAACAAUCGUAUGUGCGACUCGACGGUGAAACAAAGAGAUGACUAUGCAACGUACAUCCUGUCUCCUGGCUACCCCAGCAACUACUACAGUAACUUGAAUUGUGCCUGGGUCCUGGAAACAGAUGCGCCGCGCCAUAUUGCCAUGAAUAUAAUUUAUAACGCCUUCGACGAAAACACUGACUGUGCGAACGAUUUUGUCCAACUGUACGACACUGAUAAUGCCAAUGAACCGUUAGGACCAUUAUGUGGCGUCAAUAAUAGCACCUUGAUAACGCGUGGCUCCGCCAUGAAAGUUGUCUUCAAAACAAAUGCUGUUGGUUCUGGGUCUGGGUUUCGACUGAAGUACAUGAUCGUAGACCAUGACGAUUCCUACUUCACUACACAGGCUCCAACGGCUACUGCACUUACAGCAACGUCGACUCGGAAGUACCUCACGUCUCCCGGCUACCCUACCCAGUAUUACAAUAACAAAUAUUAUAUAUGGACUAUUACUGCUGAAUCAGCGACAUCACUAGUCCGAAUUGAGGUCUUAACUUCCGACAUGGAAAUGACUGGAGAUGGACCCUGUGUUAAAGAUUAUAUCAGCGUGUAUGAUGGGCCAACGGCCAGCAGUCCAUUGCUGAAGUACAUUUGCGACUCGAUGACUCCCACACUACAGAGUACGGGGUCGUCUCUAACAGUCACAUUUCAAACGGACGACAGGAGCGUUGAUAAAGGUUUUCGGCUGGCCUUCUACCAAGUGGCAGGAAACGCUGUCAUCACAAUGCGCCCACCUACAGUAACAUCACUAACAGCAGACAGCAACCGCAAGAACUUAACAUCACCUGGAUUCCCAGACUCAUACACUAAUGACGAAACAAACAUCUGGAUCAUCACAGCUACCAACACCACUCGGUUAGUCCGAAUUAAAACUUUGCAGUUCCGUAUGCAGACCAGCCUCGGUUGUGCCAAAGACUACCUUGCUUUCUAUGAUGGUAGUACUGUGAAUGACCCUUUACUGAAGACUAAAUGUACCGGGGCAGGAGAAACGAUUGACAGUACAGGUCCUUCCAUAACACUCAAGUUCUCUUCUGACAGCAGAUAUGUCGAUGAAGGAUUCCAGCUGGAAUACUUCUCAUUAACAGAACUUGAACUCAACGCUUGCAAUGGAACUGUCACCGCGUCCUCCCGUCAUAAAUACCUGACAACGCCAGGCUACCCGGGACUCUACUCCAAUAACUUAGACUGUUCGUGGACAAUACGAGGUGUAUAUGGAACACGGAUAACAGUAACUGUGGAGGAUGCGGACAUUGAAAGCUCGCCACGCUGCAAAAACGACUACGCACAGGUCAUUGACGUUGCAGACGGUUCUAAAGAACUUGGGCGUUUCUGUGGCACCGAUAAGAACACUUAUGUCAGUUCUGGUCUAGAGGUCGAGAUCGCUAUCCACAGUGAUGGUAACACUAGAGGGCGUGGCUUCAAGAUCAUGUACACUGUAGGAGAUAGUAGUUCCCGCACAACUUCAGCUACAAGAACAACUACAGAGUCUACCAAUGGAGCUACAAGUCAGCUGUUGAACGGAUUAUUGAUUGCCGUUAUUGCUCUUAUUCUCUAGCCGCCUGAAGUAUUUUGCUGCCAUAAGUUUGGACGGUGGGACGUAUGGUAAUUGAAUGGGAAAUCCAUGCACUGUCAAGUAGUUGAAGGUUUCUGAUAUAACAAACAAUGUAUACAUGCAGUUUAUUUGCGAAAAAUGCCAUUUAUAUUAUUACAGACACUUACAAUUCCAACAUUUAUAUGACACAUUUCACAAUAAUGAGAGCGUGACAUUUGUUGCCGUACAAUGUCUUGCAAGGACAUGUAAGUACGCUUCAGUGACUACUAGUAUAUAUUUUUCUAACGCAAGGUUGACAAUGUAAUGAUUUUGAUAUGUAUUAUUGUGACGUUUUUUGUUUAAAAGUGUAACGUAGCCUUAUUUGUUGGACAUUACUUUUAACAGUUUGAAUGUAUUGCAUAUUGUUGAUAUUUAACAACUUUUAAAUUUUGUCACAGAGAUGAUUCUAGCACUGGCAUGAAGGUGUUUCUGUUAUAUUUUGUUUGACUUUUCAAGGCAGCAUACGGAACUCACAAUAAUUCCCCGAAUAAGCGUCGUGCUUGUUAUUAUUUUGGAAGAUCCUUUGACCCGGCGCUUAUUGAGGCGUAUCAACAUUCGUUUUCAAUAUUGUAUCAAAUGACACCAUGUCUCUUCGUUGCGUUGGUUAACUACGAUUAAUAUAAGAUGAACGGUGCCUUUAUAAAAAGCAUGACUCGCUUCAGGAGCAUAAUGAAAAAUUUUAUAUACACACCAGUCAAGUGUUAAAAGUGCCUUUUGCUAUUCAGAAUUAUUAUUUUAUUUGUUUUAAGUUUUGGAAGUUUUUAUCGUUUCCAAGGCAACGCGGCGGAUUUAUGUGAAACAUAAGAGUGAUGUUCAGGUGCCGUUUGCUUUUCGAUCCAUUUUUAACUAAUAUAUUUUGCACUUCGAAGGCAAAUUAAUUGUACUUUGUUCAAAUGUUCAAAUGUAGGUAGGAUUCGUUUCCAGAAAAUAGUCUUUUUUAUUGAUAAGACUUUGUAUAUACAUCAGGCAACUGCUGAACUGGUGACUUUUGCAAUGUAGGAAUUAAUAUUUUUAAUGUUUGCGCUUCCCUGACAAACAUUCAACUGAGGUGGGCUGUGUAUCCAAAGCCAAGCAUAUACACAUUUAAUUAUUUCUCUUACAAAGAUCAGAUCAAUUAUAUUCUACUUUCACAUUGAGAAAACUAGGCUGAAGUUUUAACAUGAGUAUCGCAGAAAUACCAAACUGUUGUGCAUUUUGUGUACACAUCAAAUUAUUAGAUACCUUGUACACUGUUUGGGUAAUUUAACUAAUGCAGGUUCAGGUUCAACAGAUUUAAACGGUCUCUGAUAUGAAGAUGCAGUGUUAUUAACCUCCUAAAGAUUUUAGUGUAGUUCAAAAUGAAGGACCUGUUUCUAUAGUUUCCCUGUGUUCCAAACAAUUUCAACUUAAUAGUUAUUCGGAUGUCUAGAUGCGACUAGACUUUCAUGCUCUGCAUCACUAAUUCAUAUUGUGUGAUGUAACAAAUACUUCUUGUUGACUGCUCCAUGUGAUGUGAUGUGAAGGGGCAGACCGUGCAAUAUUCGGACAACAUUUAGUUUUGUCUGAGACAGAAUGUGUCACUUCUCUGAAAGGAGAAACCAAACUAUUUCAUGUUUUCAAAGACAUCUAGCAUAUCCAGUGAAAACGUUUAUAGGACGUACAACCUAAGGUCAACAUAUGUUCUUCAAAAACAUCAAAAUAUACUACUUAAAAGAAGUUAAGCAUCACCCGAUUCUUUCAUAUUGGUAAUGUUAAUCUGUCAUGACAUGAGAGAUUAACUUUUGUUAUAUGAAAGAAUCAGGUGAUCCUUAACUUCUUUUGAGUAGUCUAUAUUUUUAUUUCAUUUUAUUUGUGUAAGAUAUAUAUAUAUGGAUAUGUAACUUUGUAUGACAUACAAUAAUUAUUUAUAAAUACCUAAGUCAAAGACUUUAAAAUCAGAAAACUACAAGAAGCCAUCAACAAUAAAAGACUCCAACCACCAAUCAACCGUGAUCAAGGCUAUUACAUUCCCCCUGCGUACCAUCAACUCAUCAAAGUCCCCAAGGGGCGGUCGGGUAGCCUAGUGGUUAAAGCGUUCGCUCGUCACCCGGGUUCGAUUCCCGAUAUGGGUACAAUGUGUGAAGCCCAUUUCUGGUGUCUCCCGCAGGAUAUUGCUGGAAUAUUGUUAAAAGCGGCGUAAAACAAUACAUCACUCUGGGGGAGACGGGUAAUUAGUGAGUGAUCAACCAAGCGAUUACUUACCGUAAUUAAAUCCUCUAAAAGCGUAGGCCAAAUGGGAAGUAGGCCAUUUGGGAGGACACCGUAUAAACACUGCCCCAUACCUGUAUAUAAGCUUGUCAACCACACUCUGUACAUCACUUGCUUGAUAACAGCGUUAGAACCUACAUCGUAACGUCGCUCCUAUUUGUAAUAAAGAAGUUGUCCGUC